UGUUUACUUUCCCAGACAGAAGGAGGGAGAGAAAACGUGAGAAAGUUCUUGGCUCGCUCGCAACUCCGAAUAUACAAAACGAAGGCACAACACUACACAACUGUCUCGCCUCUCCCAUUCAAACAUUCACCAACUUCUUUCACCUGUAGGGUGCAUGUUUGUGACGAGAACUGAGGUUCUUCCUCAAUGCCUCUUUUAAGGAGAAAGCCUUUUGCCUUGGCAGAGCUUCCUGUGGAUUUGAAGCCAGAUGAGCUUGUUUACCAAAUUCGAUUUACAAAAGAAAUAUUUCGAGAUUAUCAUGAAUAUUUGAAGCGAUUAAAUCUAUACCGCCAGAGGGUUUGGAUGUGUAAAGUCACUGGAAAAACUGUCUUGACUUAUGAAGAAGCCAUGGUGUCUGAACAACGUGCUACAGAGAAAGUUCAACAGAUUCCUAAAGAAUUAAUGACUACUGCUUUAAGGAUUAUUCAAUACAGCAUGCUCCCUUUGAAGGAUCUUGCUGAUUUUAUUGCUGAAAAAUUGCAGAAGCGUUUGUUUGUGGGUGCUGAAUUACAUGGGAAAAAAGAUGAUGGAGUACAUCCAUGCAAAAUAUUAAAAGUCAUUCAGAAAGGAGUUGAUAAAUUCUGUUAUGAGGUAGCUUGGCUUGACAAAAACAAGAAUAUAAGUGAAAGAGCAGAAGUCAGCGCAGAAGAUUUGGUGCAUAAGAAACCACUUUUUAGUAGAAAUAUUUUGAAAUCUUUUAUUCGGGAGUCUACAUAUCGGAAUGCCCCUUGGGUUUUGCAUGAUGAACUGGCAAAAAAUCAUGGAAUCUCAACUGACAUUCCUGAGGAGUUAAGAGGAAGAGUUUUUUUCAAAGACGGACUUUUAAUUUGCUCCAAGAAAAGGAAAAAUGAGGAAUCACUGGAAGACAGUGAUGGUAAAAGGAAGAAGUUGGUUGGGGCACAAGUCGUUGAUUCUGGCCUGGAGAAAGAAAACGGCCGACACAAGGAUGAACCAAUCAAAUACCCCAUUGAUGAUUUAUUGGUGAAGCCUAGUCCAGAUGAUCCUGUUUUCACUGAUCGUCCUUCUCCAUCAAGAGACUUCAAUAUUCCAAUGAGUUGCGUAGGGGAUCUCUUAAUGGUUUGGGAUUUUCUUACUUCUUUUGGUAAACUGUUGCACUUGUGGCCAUUCUCUCUAGAAGAUUUUGAAAAUGCAGUCUGCCAUAAGGAUAGCAAUGUGGUUCUCCUUGUGGAAUCUCAUGCAGCACUUUUUCGACUUCUCAUCAAAGAAGAUGAUGAAUGCUCCUCGGCUGUGAAGAAGCGAAAGUUGAAGUCUAAGAUUACAAUGAUUAAUUGGACAGAAUAUUUAUGCAAUUUCCUAGAGAUGAUCAAUAUUCCUGAACUACAGCACUGUGAAGCAACUAUAAAACGGGGACAUUAUGGCCUUGUGGAUGCCAGUGUUAAACUAGAAAUCUUAUGCAAUUUGGUCAAUCGAACAGUUGGAUCUGCAAUUUUCAGGGAGAAGUUAGAUGUGAUCAUUGAACAGCGGCAGGCACUUGGGGCCACUAGAAGGGAAGAAGCACUGGAAAAAGCUAGGAGGAGAAGAGAAGAAAAGGAGCGGUUGAAAGCUGAGGCAGAAAGCAAUGGAUAUGUGAAUGGGCAUCAUAUGAACGGUGCAAAUGUCCUUACAAACAAUAUGCAUGGUAUACAAAAUGGAGAAGCACAAAAUGGUGAUGUGGGAGAGAAAAGUAAGAUAAAGAUAGAAUCAUCUGGGCAAAACGAUCCAUUGAGUGGAAGUGGGAUCAACCAUUUAAAUACUGCUUCAAAAAAGACGCCUAAGAAGCAAAAUUCAGAGCUGAAAGAACCAAUGGAAAAUGGAAAAGAAUUAUCCAGAAAGGAAUCACCGAAACAGUUGAAGGGUGAUAAGAAUCCAUCAGAGAAGAAUAGUGAAGAACAGAGGAAGGAAUAUUUUGAACGGGAAAUGGAGAAACGAAUUAUUCGUAGAAGCCCAUUAGGUAAGGAUAGAGAUUACAAUAGGUAUUGGUGGUUCCGUCGUGAUGGGAGGAUAUUUGUUGAAAGCUGUGACUCCAAGGAGUGGGGAUACUACAGCAGUAAGGAAGAGCUUGAUGCAUUGAUGAGUUCACUGAAUUGCAAGGGUGAGCGGGAAAGGGCACUGCGAAAACAAUUAGAAAAAUAUUAUAACAAAAUAUGCUUGGAAUUCCAGAAAAGAUCGAAGGAUUUGAUGCACAAGAUUUUGGAUGAGUCUGUGCUUCGAAGGUCUACUCGUGUUAGAGCUCCACCUAGACAGAACCCUGCAAAUGCUUUUCUCAGAUAUGUUAACAAAUGGAAAGAAGAAUAGGUGGUGCGGGGGGAAUACGGUAAAGUCAAUCUUCAAACAAAUGAAACUUGGAACUUUUAAAGGAGCAAGUUUGAUUCAUAGCCUUGACAGUAAUAGGGAUUAAGUAGUUUUCCGAUCCAUUUUUGGAUGAUGGACAAGCAUGCAUACUUGCAUGCUUGUUUCUGAAAUUUUGUACAUGACUUGUCCGAUUCUUCAAUAAUAGCGCAACCGGUGAAGGAGAAUACCUUUUUAACUUCCUCUAUUUAUCCAUAAUAUGGUAGCAAAGAUAAGUUAUUUCAGUACUCUACCAUGGUUCUAAUAAACAUACGUUCUAAUAAACAUACUUUGGGAUUUUUUUAUUUAUGAA